CUAAAGAAAAACUGUAGCAGCGAAGCAAUUGGCUCUCAAAAAAGAGAAUCUCCUUACUUGUUUUGCGACUUUCACAUUUCCCCUAUUUCUUUCCACUCAAACCCUAACCCCACACAGUCACCAUUCUGAUUCCUGUCGCCUUCACUUGCCUAGACUUUUUUUCCCCACCCCCUCCCCCACCCACUUCUCUCUCUAACUGUCAUCUUUCUCUCUCUAACUAUAUAUAUUAGGGUUUUAUUUGGACCUUUUUGGUUUAUUCAAAUGAACAAUCAACAACCACCUGUCGCUAAACGGGAGGAGCAGGAAGAGGAGUCAUCAUCGUCUUCUGUUAUUACGAAGAAGAAUAAAUCUCUAGAACCUUCUAGUAAGGUUCAGGAAAAAGCGGAUAUCAGUACUGAAGGCGACGGCGACGGCGACGAAAAGAUGGUGACGGAGAAGGAGGUUUCUUCGGUCGAAGAUGAUCCUAUGGACGAGGAUUCUGUUAAUCCUGCUAACGUUUUUUGUAUCAGUCUUAAACAACCUAGGUCCAAUUUGCUUCAUAAAAUGAGUGUUCCUGAACUUUGCCGCAAUUUCAGUGCUGUUGCUUGGUGUGGAAAGCUAAAUGCAAUAGCUUGUGCAUCUGAAACGUGUGCAAGGAUCCCAAGUUCAAAUGCAAAUCCACCUUUCUGGAUCCCUAUACAUAUAGUCAUCCCAGAGCGACCAACUGAGUGCACCGUGUUCAAUGUUAUAGCAGACUCCCCUCGUGAUUCCGUCCAAUUCAUUGAAUGGUCUCCUACUUCGUGUCCGCGUGCACUGCUCAUAGCUAACUUUCACGGGAGAAUAACAGUUUGGACUCAGCCUUCUCAAGGUUCAGCUAAUCUGGUUCGAGAUGCUAGUUGUUGGCAUCGAGAGUACGAAUGGCGUCAAGAUAUUGCAGUUGUUACAAAGUGGUUAUCAGGAGUUUCUCCGGUAUGCAACUGGUGGCUUUCAACAAGAACGGGUGGUUCCGCUAAGUCAACAUUUGAGGAGAAAUUCCUUUCGCAGCAACCACAAUCUCCAGCUGGAUGGCCAAGUUUUCUGUGUGUAUGCUCUGUCUUCUCAUCAGGGUCUGUUCAGCUCCACUGGUCCCAAUGGCCACCUAAUCCGAAUGGUGCACCAUCAAAGUGGUUUUGCACAAGCAAAGGGCUAUUGGGAGCAGGGCCUAGUGGCAUCAUGGCUGCUGAUGCUAUCAUAACAGACUCGGGAGCAAUGCAUGUUGCUGGAGUUCCCAUAGUCAAUCCAUCAACUGUUGUCGUCUGGGAAGUGACACCUGGCCCUGGUAAUGGAUUUCAAGCAACUCCAAAGACAAGUGUGAGCAAUGGGGUUCCGCCAUCUCUUAAUCCACCUUCUUGGGAUGGAUAUGCUCCUUUGGCGGCAUAUUUGCUUAGCUCGCAGGAGUAUUUAUUGCAAGAGGCUAAGCAAGGCAAAAAACUAACGGAACAACAUUACAGUGACAUGGUUACACUUCAUUGUUCUCCAGUUUCCAACUUUUCUGCAUAUGUGAGUCCUGAAGCUGCAGCUCAAUCCACAGCUACCACAACAUGGGGUUCUGGUGUUACUGCAGUUGCUUUUGAUCCGACCCGUGGUGGUUCUGUGAUAGCUGUUGUGAUUGUUGAAGGACAGUACAUGUCGCCUUAUGAUCCUGAUGAAGGCCCUUCGAUCACAGGGUGGAGGGUUCAACGUUGGGAGUCAUCUGUGGAGGAUGUUGUCCUCCACCAAAUAUUUGGAAAUCCCACGUCCAGCUUUGGUGGCCAGGCACCAAAACAGACAGUAUGGGUGAGUAAAGUAAAUAAAUGUAUCCCAGCAGGAAAUGAUUUUAAGAGACCCCAAGCAGCAGGCGCCGGACCUGUUUCUAAUGGAAGAAACAUGGCAGACUCUGGUGUUGAGAUGGGAAAGAGGGUCAGUUUUGAUCCCUUUGACCUUCCAAGUGAUGUUAGAACCCUUGCUCGUAUUGUGUAUUCUGCUCAUGGUGGUGAGAUAGCUGUCGCUUUUCUACGAGGUGGCAUCCAUGUAUUCUCGGGUCCAAGUUUCACCCCUGUUGAUAACUACCAUAUUGAUGUUGGAUCUGCCAUUGCUGCUCCGGCCUUUUCUUCGACGAGUUGCUGCUCAGCUUCAGUUUGGCAUGAUACCAACAGGGAUUGUACAAUAUUGAAGAUUAUUCGAGUUCUUCCUCCUGCUGUUCCAAGUAAUCAGGUGAAAGCCAACUCUGCGAAUUGGGAACGUGCAAUUGCUGAAAGAUUUUGGUGGAGUCUUUUGGUUGGAGUUGAUUGGUGGGAUGCUGUUGGAUGCACACAAAGUGCUGCAGAGGAUGGCAUUGUUGCUUUGAACAGUGUCAUUGAUGUACUGGAUGCAGAUUUCCAUUCCCUUCCUUCAACUCAGCAUAGACAACAGUAUGGGCCGAGUCUAGACAGGAUAAAAUGCAGGCUUCUAGAAGGUACAAAUGCUCAAGAAGUCCGGGCAAUGGUGCUUGACAUGCAAGCGAGAUUGUUGCUAGAUAUGCUUGGCAAGGGGAUUCAAUCAGCUUUAACAAACCCAUCAUCAUUGGUUCCAGAGCCAUGGCAAGCUUCUAGUGAGACACUGUUUGGCAUUGAUCCCGAGGCGAUGGCCGUUGAACCAGCACUGGUGCCAAGUAUCCAGGCAUAUGUAGAUGCGAUACUUGAUCUGGCUUCCCAUUUCAUCACUCGUUUACGGCGCUAUGCAAGUUUCUGCCGUACAUUAGCCAGUCAUGCUGUUACUGCAGGUACAGGUGGGAGUAGGAGUAUGGUGACUAGUCCUACUCAAAAUGCUUCUUCUCCUGCGACUUCUCAGGGCGCUCAGGGUGGUACUGCAAAUUCCACUGGGAGCACUCAGAUGCAAGCUUGGGUACAAGGAGCUAUAGCAAAAAUUAGUAGUACGGCUGACAGUGUUCCCAGUUCAGCCCCAAAUCCCAUCACUGGUCCUUCUACAUUUAUGCCCAUAAGUAUCAACACAGGCACUUUCCCUGGAACUCCGGCUGUUAGACUUAUAGGGGACUGCCAUUUUCUUCAUCGGCUAUGUCAACUUUUGCAUUUCUGUUUUUUCUUCCGGCGAACACAGUUACCGUGUUUUAUGGGAGCUGCUCAAAGGAAUGCUGAUGGGUCAAUGCAAAAGCCUCAGCCCAGUAUCCCAGGCAAAGCAGAAGAUUCCAUCUCCGGUGCAAAACCGACGCCAGGUGGUCAGGUUGGGGCAGGAGUAAAGGGGUCUGAAGAAGGUCCAUCUAAACGGUCUAGGAUAGGUUCUGGCAAUGCUGGUCAAGGAUACACAUUUGAGGAGGUGAGGGUCCUCUUUCUCAUUCUAAUGGAUCUUUGUCGUCGAACUGCUGGUUUGGCACAUCCGUUGCCAGUUUCUCAUGUUGGGAGCAGCAACAUUCAGGUCCGCCUUCAUUAUAUUGAUGGGAACUAUACUGUAUUGCCGGAAGUAGUUGAAGCUUCCCUCGGACCUCACAUGCAGAAUAUGCCUCGGCCUAGAGGUGCAGAUGCUGCAGGGCUGCUAUUGCGUGAGUUAGAACUCCAUCCGCCUGCUGAGGAAUGGCACAGGAGAAAUAUGUUUGGUGGACCUUGGUCUGAUUCAGAAGAUACGGGCGUGGAUGAUAAUUCUAAGCUUAGCCCAUCGAGGGAUCUGACAGAGUGCAGCUCAUCAGAAAAUUGUGAUGUAUAUUAUGGAGCUCAUGGUUUGUGGCCCAGGAAACGCAGGAUGUCUGAACGAGAUGCUGCUUUUGGGUUGAACACUUCCGUUGGCCUGGGUGCAUAUCUUGGUAUAAUGGGGUCUCGACGAGAUGUUGUAACAGCUGUAUGGAAGACUGGGCUUGAAGGAGUUUGGUAUAAGUGUAUAAGAUGUCUGAGACAGACUUCAGCUUUUGCUUCACCAAGUGGCAACCCCUCCACCAGUCAAAAUGAGAAGGAAGUAUGGUGGAUCAGCCGGUGGGCAUAUCGCUGUCCCAUGUGUGAUGGUUGUUGGGUUCGAGUUGUAUAGAGCAUUGGGAGUAGUUCAUCAAGAAUGGUUCUCCCAACUUUUAUGAACAGUAAUGGUUCAGCACAUGGAGACAAACACCUUGGACUCUGCCAGCUUAUUGUGGAUUUAUCAGUCUGGUUCGAUAUCUUAAAGAUUAGUGUGACUAAUGAGACUGGGCCUGAAGUUUGUAAUUGAUAUGUGGCCUGAUCUCACUAUCUUUGUUAUACCUAGAAAAGAUCUGGAAAGAAGUCGCGAUGAUCGGAACCCAGUUUACUGGAAAUGGGAAUACUCCUUAGCUACAUUGUAUACAUCAAAUUUAGGAACUAAAGAAAGAAUCCUAACAUAUGUGGGCAAAGUUCUUUUGGCCACUGAGUAGAAUAUAUUAGGUUCUCUUCCUGAACCAGAGCUUUUCUAGGGUUGUAGUUAUGUAUAAUAAUGUCCCAUUUGUUGUUUGUAUGGGGGCAAUCUAUUUGCUCUAAGUAGUUAAGUAAUCAGUUUUGGAAACUAAAUUGCGUCUCUUCUGUGUUGUUUCUGGAGACUGGUUGCUAUAGUGUUAUUACACGGGCUUGUAAAUGUGUGGUAAGAGUUGCCAAGUGAGGGGUUUUCCCUUUCGUUUGUUUUGCGUUGAUGGCAUGCAAGUGUUUCACUUUCUUCUUGCUGGUUA